UAUUAAAUUAUGCAGACUUUGCCUGGUGUUAUCGUUAUUGGCGGCAUAUUCUCAUACAAAGUCAGUUACAAAAAAGCAAGAUGAUACGGCGGAAUUAGUAUGUAAAAAUGAUAAACAAAUUAUAAUUCAGGUUGCAGAUUACGGAAACAAACCUGGGAAACCAGACUAUUGUUACGAUCCUAAUGCAGAAACAAUUGUCAAAGAUCUUUGUGAUAGAAAAAGAAGUUGUACCGUAGUCGCUGAUGACUCUACGUUUCCAAAUUCAACAUGUACAGUGAAUGACAAACAGAAGUUAAAGAUCAAAUACAUAUGUGAAAAAAGUGAGAAAGUUAUGAUAAAAGCCAAAUGUGUCGUGGAGGGAACUUCCAUAAAGGGGACUGUCUUUUUCACUCAAGAGAAUAGUAAUUCACCAGUCAGAGUGACAGGGGCCUUCAUUGGUUUAAGAGCUUCAGUACAACAAGGUUUUACCAUUUAUGAGUUUGGAGACAUCACAAAUGGUUGUCUUAGCGCAGGAGAACAUUAUAAUCCAUUUGGAAAGACACAUGGUGCACCAGCAGACGAGGAACGGCAUGUUGGUGAUCUAGGCAAUAUACUUGCAAGUGUUUCGGGGAAGGCAACAAUUAAUUUUACAGACACAAUGAUAUCCCUAACUGGCCCCCAGUCUAUCAUAGGAAGAACAGUAGUUGUCCAUGGAGAUAGAGAUGAUCUGGGUUUAGGUGAAGAUGAGACUAGCAAGACAACAGGAAAUGCUGGAAGUCUGGAAGCUUGUGGCAUCAUUGGUAUUGCAGAGGUGUAAUGGCUUUAAUUCAUUGUUGAUUGCCUUACGUCGCAUUAGGACACAAAAACUAUAUAUAUUGGUGAAGUAAUGCCUUUGAAUGAAAAAUAAUAGUUUAUUGAAUAAAUGCGGCGCAUUUUAACACAUAUGGGUUGAAGGCAUACAUAAAGGAACAUAUAAUGGUUUACUUUGAUUAAUUGUUAUUUGGAUGGAGAGUUGUCAUUGGCACUCACACAUCUUCCUAUAUCUAUAUAAUAAUUUUACAAUACAUAAAAGACAUCAAAUGAACAAAACAUUAUAUACAUAUAUGUAUCUAUCAUGCAGUUGUUGAGUCCACCCUCCUCAGUGACCAUGACUUUUUUACAAAUGGAGCUGCAUACUACAUAAUUGACUGACACGAAAUA